AUGAGAAAAAUAUAUGAUUCAAUUAUUCGUAUAACACUAUUGCUAUUUAUUAGUGCCAGUUAUACUGUAUCAUUAUUCUGUUAUACGGUACAUUGGGAUGCAUAUUCAUCAUUUACGGAGAAAACUUAUAAAUGCAAUGAUAACGAAGAAUUUUGUGCAUCUUUGUACGAUCGAAAUGCUGAAAGUUGGUACCUUCGAGCAAUACCAUUGGAUAAGAAAUGUUAUUCUACUGCUGAGUUGAGAAGUAGAAUAAACUGCAGUAUGAAAGAAGUCAAAGAAGGCUGUUUCAUGGAUCCGAAACAUAAUAGUUACAAAAGAAGAACGACAAAGCUACCGGUUUGCAUUUGCAAAGGCCCCUAUUGUAAUACGCAAGAAAAAAUUGAAGCUGUAUGGUUGGAACAAAACAAUUACAGAUUUCAUGAACCUGAAGAUUGUAGUGAUAAGUUAGACAAAGAAAAGCCGACUACAGAAUCUGCAACGUUUAGCAGUGCAUCAUUAUCUCAAAUGAAAAUUACAAAGAAGACAUCGGAAUCAAGUCUGGAAACAAGAGCUGAUACAGAAACAUCAAAAUUAAAUAUCGAAACUACAACUGCUGUGGAAACAUUGAAAUUAGCUGAAAUAUUGGUAAACGCCACAACAACGGCAAGAUCAGAUCUGAAAGCAACAACAAGUGCUGCACAAGUGACGCAAUUAAGUGAAGAAAUAAAAUCUACAACAGAUGCUGCACAAACAACGCAACCAAGUCCGAAAACAGAAUUAACAGCAAAUGCUACAGGAACAAUGCGACCAAAUCAAGAAGCAAAAUCAACAACAAGUGUUGCGGAAACAACGCAACCAAGUGAGGGAACAGGAUCAACAGUAAAUGCUGCAAAAACAACGCAACCAAGUCAUGAAACGGAAUCAACAACGAAUGUUGCACAAACAACGCAACCAAAUCAAGGAACUGGAUCAACAACAAAUGCUGCAGAAACAACGCAAUCAAGUCAGGAAACAGAAUCAACAACAAAUGCUGCAGAAACAACGCAAUCAAGUCAGGAAACGGAAUCAACAACAAAUACUGCAGAAACAACGCAAUCAAGUCAGGAAACAGAAUCAACAACAAAUGCUGCAGAAACAACACAAUCAAGUCAGGAAAUAGAAUCAACAACAAAUGCUGCAGAAACAACGCAACCAAGUGAGGGAACAGGAUCAACAGUAAAUGCUGCAGAAACAAUGCAAUCAAGUCAGGAAACAGAAUCAACAACAAAUACUGCAGAAACAAUGCAGUCAAGUGAGGAAACGGAAUCAACAAUAGAUACUGCAGAAACAAUGCAAUCAAGUCAGGAAACAGAAUCAACAAUAGAUGCUGCAGAAACAAUGCAAUCAAGUCAGGAAACAGAAUCAACAAUAGAUGCUGCAGAAACAAUGCAAUCAAGUCAGGAAACAGAAUCAACAACAAACGCUGCAGAAACAGCGCAAUCAAAUCAGGAAACAAAAUCAACAAUAAAUUUUUUGAAAGUAAUGCAACCAAAUCAGGAAAUAGAAUCAAUAACAAAUGUUGCGGAAACAGCAACAAGUGCAACAUAA